CAACCAUCGGUUAAGUUGCACGUUGUAUACCGCGAGUGCCGUGACUAGUGAUGUGAUUUGGAUAUUACGAUAUCGAUAAAAAUAAGCAGCCAACAUGGGGAAAGAAACCAAAGGCACCAUCGUAUUAGAAAAUUUUAAUUCAACGGCCAACCUAGCAUCAAACCCCGGAUUCCAGUCGACACUCAGCUUGGGCUCCAAAGAUGUCAUCAACGAAAAAGCGUACAACCCGUUCGAGCACAGAAAAGUGGAACAUCCUAAUUCUACAAUCGGUUCCCUGGUCCACCUUCUCAAGUCGUCCCUGGGUUCCGGAAUCCUGGCGAUGCCGGCGGCGUUCAAGAACGCGGGGCUAGUUGUGGGAGGGAUUGGCACAAUCGUCCUUGGCUUCAUCUGUACACACUGCGUUUAUGUUCUGGUAAGAACAUCACAAGAAGUUUGCGUGGAGGCGAAAAAGCCGUCAAUGGGAUUUGCGGAGACUUGCGGCGCCGCCUUCGAAUUCGGGCCAAAAAGAUUACGACCGUGGGCGAAUUUUGUCAAAAAAUUCGUGGACUACGCUCUAACUUGCACCUACUUGGCUGCGCUCGCGGUCUACAUCGUGUUCAUAGCUGAAAACUUUAAGGAGGUACUAGACGAGUAUGCGCCAGACUACAAGCUCUCAGUAGAAACGUACUGCGCUCUUACUAUGUUACCGCUGGUGCUGAUCUGCCAGAUCCGGAACCUCAAAUGGCUGGUGCCGUUCUCGGCCGUGGCGAAUGUCUUCCUCGUGAUAUGUUUUGGCAUCACCAUGUAUUACAUCUUCAGCGAUUUGCCCAACCCUGCUGAAAGGGAGAUGGUGGCUAGCGUGACGCAGUGGCCGCUAUUCAUCAGCACAGUAAUUUUCGCGAUGGAAGGCAUCGGCGUGGUUAUGCCAGUUGAGAACGAGAUGGCCAAGCCACAGCAGUUCCUCGGCUGUCCAGGGGUCCUGAACGUGGCCAUGACGAUUGUCAUCUCACUGUACGGUGUGGUCGGAUUCUUCGGAUACAUAAAGUAUGGCGACAGCGUGAGAGGCAGUGUGACGCUGAACCUACCGCAGGAGGAAAUACUCGCCCAAAGCGCCAAGAUUCUGAUGGCCCUAGCAAUCCUGUUCACAUACAGCCUGCAGUUCUACGUGCCUAUGGAGAUGAUCUGGCGCGAGAUCCAGCACAAGAUCUCGGUGCGAUACCACAAUAUAACCCAGAUCACCAUCAGAACUGGUGCUGUCAUCGGAUCUGUGGCCGCAGCCGCGGCGUUCCCCGAUCUGGAACUCUUCAUCAAUCUCUGUGGAGCCAUCUUCCUGUCGACCCUCGGUCUUCUGACGCCAGCGAUCGUGGACACCGUCCACAACUGGGACCGAGGCUUGGGAAGGUUCAACUGGAUCCUCUGGAAGAAUGUCAUCGUCACGCUAAUCUCCUUCGUCGCUCUCUUCGCCGGAUCCUUCAUAUCCAUAUUGGGCAUCGUUGAGAACUUUAGCAAACCACCCGUUUUGGAAAUGGCCGCCAAUGUUACGAAAAUGUAGAUGGGUGCCGUAUGCCUAGUGUUGCCAUCCCUAAUUUGUCCUAGUUUGAAGGGCGUCCGGGGACAGUCCUACCGGGUUUUAGAAAAGUGUCCGGGUGAAAUCCAGACACUUUUGUUGAGAGAAAUCCAACUUUUUAGCCAGGCGGCAAUAAGCGAAACAUAAAAACUCGCUAAGCAUACACAUUUUCUUUCUUCUUUGAUCAAAAUCAAGUACGAUUUAAGUUAAUCUUACAAUUUUUUGUUAAAAAGAAAGAUGUUUUAGCAAAAGUUGGUAAGACGUAAUCGUAAAUACUUUUUUAAUGGGUCUCCGGGGAAAUACCCACAUUUCGGCCAAAUUUGGUAUUUCGUCGUGAUAAAGGUGAUGGCAACCCUAGGUAUGCCUAAUUAAUGGCCGAUUUCUGAGGUCUUUUGACUGAAGUUUAUUAGUUGCUUUUGAUUGACUAACGACAAAAUAUUAACCAAGCAACGCUCUUGAAUAGAUCUCUUGUCAAGAAACCUCAGAAAAACAUAAGUGAUAUUAGUAAGAGCUAUACGUAAUACAGAUUUAAUUUAGAAUUAGUAUCGAUAUGAUCGUAGCUUAAAAGCUUACCAAUAUUAAAAUACCAAUAUUUUAAUAUUGGUAAGUUUUUGACGUAAGUGAAGAAACCUUCAUAAUAUAGGUAAUUAGUAGCAAAUAGCAAUGAAUACAAAAUCAGGAGUGAUAAAAGCAUUAUUACCCUUUCAUAGAACUUAAUCUUCCGUACGUCUUCCAUAGAAUGAUUUCGAUAAAACAAAAUUUAGGUACGAACGUCUACUUGUUUUAGCUCUGAAAUGCCACCUAGGCUUGAGUUCUCAAAGUGGUUCGUACAAUUAAUUAUCCACUACAAUGUCAAUUAUUAAAUUAUAUAAUAAUUUUAAGCAGUUAAAUAAUUUAAUUUAAACGAUAGUAACCAGUUAUUUUAUUAGGUAGUCAAAGAACAGUCGUGUAAUAAAAACCAGCACUUCGUAUUUUGCGGUUAAGAUUUGAGUUAAGCACUUAAUUCUGCCGUUCAAAGUAUAUUUAGGGCAUGUUUCUUCACUUCCUGAUAAGUGCCAGAUAGGCUAUCCACCACUUAACUUGACAGAUAGAGUAUGGAGCAUCUGUCAAAUCAGUUGUGGAUAGCCGAUUAUGAGGAAGUGUGAAACAGGCCCUUAUAGAGUCUUUGAAGGCAUAAUAUUUAAUAUUUUUGUCUUAUUUUCAAACUGAUUUAACUCGCGUUAACCAUUUUAAGUUUUGUACUUGUUUGUAAAAACCGUGUUUAUUUAGAGAGAGAAAAAAAAACAAAAACAACAAAAAACAUUUACAAAAACUAGUUUUUUAAGGUUAUCAUUAAUACUUUUUGCUUAGCAUACACUGCCAAUUAAAAAGUUUACAUAGACAGGAUUAAAACUAAAUAUGGUUUGAGCUGUGAAUAUGACAAUAAUUACUGUAAUUUUGACAAUAAUUUCACCGUCGCAUGGCCAAAAUAAAGCGGCUUAUCUACUUGCAAAUUGCAACUGUAUUUUGUAACGUGAUUAAUGAUACAACCAAAUUACGUUUGUAAUAAACAACCGAUAUCUGCCGAAUUGUUGUGAUGAAAUUUCAAAGUACAAACACGGCAUUAAUAUGGAUACAUUGAGAAUAGACGUAAAUAUAAUAUUAAACACACAAAGUUGUAUAUUUGUAAAUAAACUUGUGAAAGAAAGAGAAAAUUGUGAAACUUCUAUUAAGUAAAUUAUUUUGAGUAAACAUAAAACAUGUUUUAGCUUCGGCCAAAGUCCAAACCUACGCGACCAAAGCGACUGCGAAGCGGGAGCGUCUGCAACGAGGGACAUACGCGUCGGCAGAGCGGAAUUAAUAAUCUACGGUUUAGCCUCAGUAGCUCUACCAUGAGUUUAAAGCUAUAGUUUUUUAUCAAUACUCGA